CACACAUAUAACUACUAUGAGCAAUGCAGGCUGACUAAAGACCCAUCCCACCCCAUCCCACUCCUACUACCACAGUGAGCUCACCGAACCAACCCACACCUCAGUCUCAUCCCCAAUCUCAACCGGCUCCAUCUCAACUCACUUGAGCCUAUCCUCCUCAACCUGCCCAUUCCAACCACUUGAACAACUUGAAAAACAACAACAACAGCAACAACAACAACAACAACAACAAGUAUCUUCAAAUCCCAUGAUGCCUGGGGACUAUCCAAGAACCGAACACUCAAAUCAUCUUCAUCAGACCAACAGUCUCUCCCCAUCAAACCGAACUGCGACCUCCUAUUCGAUCACCUCCACUCGAUCACACCAAUCCCCAACUCGUCUGACUAAUCAUUCAGGAUCGACGAAUUACCAGUCAACUCGCUCCCGUGCCGACAGUCUACAGUCUCAAUCAAUCACCACCAAUCCUAGCCCAAACCAACCAUCAUUUGUCUCUGCAAAAGACCAUCAAGAUCCAUCACCCUCACCUGAUAAUCCAUUCCCAAACUCCUCUCAGAUAUCCAAGGCUGACUCUCAUCAUCCUCAAUCUACAUCGAUCGAAAACCAUCCAGUCCAUACUCACCAUCAACAUGCUAUCAGCUUACUCAAACGUAAAAAAAUCAAAACCCACAUCUCCAAUCGUCAACGAGAUCUAGACGUCGCUAAUCGACAGAUCACUAAGAGAAUCGAAAAGGAAAAAAGAGAUCAAUUGAUUAGAUCAAGAGACGAAAUAGUCUCACAACUGAUGGAAAAUCCCAAUGAUGCCAAACUUGUCAGAGAUCUUGGGAAGCUUUACCUGAGAUUCAAUGAACCCGAUCAGAAUGAUACUAGGCAAGGCAACGUCUCUCGCAGGAUCGGAAAUAGUCGCGCGUCUCCUAGAAGCGAACCCAGCUUGAAAUUGGCGAUUCACUACUUAGAACAAAGCAUUCAGAUAGAUACCCGAGAUCCACUCACAUGGCUUUUUUUAGGAAGAGCAUGGUCAUUAUUGCUGGUAUAUCCGACCGAAAACGAAAACGAACGAGAACAAAGACUAUCAAAUUCCUCUCUAGCCUUCAGAAAGGCGAUCCACAUUUCAUCCAAUCUGACCGGUUCAAAUCUUCAAAACAUUCGACAGACCAAUCGAUUCAGACUAGCCUACGCCGAACACUUGGAAGGACUAAAUAAGUAUCAAGAGGCGGCAAGCGUUCUACAGGAUGCAUUAGGAAUCGAUGAAACUGACGUAGAAUGUUGGUGGGAGUUAGGUCGGAUGAUGGAACUGUGGGCUCUAGAUCAAGAAGCACAGUCUCCCACCACCAAACUAGAAAGAGUCGAGAGAAUGAGACGUGCUUGCGAAGCUUUCAAGAAAGCCACUGAACUUGAACCAGAAGACAUGAUACUCCGUCAAGGUCUUCUAGAUGGAGAAAAGGCUUUAGUGAAGUUGACAACUGAAUUGCAGGCGGAAGAGGAAUUCCGGGCAAAGUCGUUGAAAGCGGAGGAAGAGAUCAGACUAGCUGCUGAGAGAAUGAGAGACUUAAAUCUCUCUCCUGUUGGUACCAACAAAGCAACAGAGCUCAUGCCGGUCAAGCCUCAACCACCCACAACCAACCUCUCGUCCGUUUCGGCGCUCAAGAAAUUGGUUUCGGAUCUGAGAGAAAUCCCAGAAUUUGGCCAAAAGGCACGGCCCCCUCGGCCUGUUGUUGAGGAUAAGAAGCAAUCGAUCGAAGAGCCAGUGGUCAAGACUGAAGAUCAGAUUUGUACAACUCAGGUCGAAUCAGUUAUUUCAAGUUCUCCCGCACCCUCUUCUGGAGCCAACCACACUCGAGCGCCGACCGGGGAAAUCGAUGGUUCAUCUCUCACCCGGAAUACUCCCUUACCUCAUGUGAUACAAGAAAACUUAGAAGCACCAGAGCCAUCUCAUUUAUUGCCACCGAUUUCUAGGACCCUCCAGCCCAAGAAUCCGGCGCGAUACUUCAAUCAAACAGGCUCGACCAGCGUUGACUCAUCGCCCCAGGAGGACUUGUCUCCACCGAGUACCCAAUCACAAGACGAUGCGAAGAUGAUGUUGAUGAAUUUGAGGACUGGAUCGAUACGAGCCUCCUCUCGAAUUAUUAGAUCAUCAAGACGAACAGCCAUCGAUGACUCAAGUGAUAACUAAGCAAAGUCAUGAUUGC